AUGUCGCCAUAUCGAUUGGUGUUUGGGAAGGUCUAUCGUUUACCAGUUGAACUUGAUCAUCGAGCUUAUUGGGCGGUGAAAAAGUUAAAUGUGGGCUCAUUUAUGGCUGGGCAGAAUAAGCUUCUAGAGUUGAAUGAGCUUGAUGAAUUUAGAAACGAAGCUUAUGAAAAUGCAAAGAUUUAUAAAGAAAAGUCUAAGUCUAGAUGGUUGGGACUGUUUGCAGUUGUGGUCUCAUUACCUUAUGGAGCAGUACAAAUUCAUAGUGAGAAAAUAGGACAUUUUAAAGUAAAUGGUCAGAAGUUAAAGCAUUAUUUGGAAGGACCAGUGGAAAAGCGUCAAUCAGUGAUGAUUUUGGAACCCUUCUAA